AUGGUGAAGCUGCCGCUACUGAGGCUUCCCAAGGGUCUGGGGGGAAUGGCAGCCAUCCAGAGUAUCUUCCCAAAUUUUGUGUUCAAUCCGCUGCAGCUGCCCGGUUCACUCUCCCUGUUGACUUCGUUGACCCGGCUUGACAUGGAUCUGGUUGCAGAUGAGAAGCUUCCAGAGGGGAUUGGGAAGCUGAAUCAGCUGCGGCACCUGAGCAUUCAUUGCUGCUUCAAUCUCAAGGAGAUCCCUGAAUCCGUGACAGGGCUGACUAAUUUACACACCCUGACGGUUGGGAUGUGCAGUGAGCUCGUUUCAUUUCCCAAAAAGCUGAGCACCCUUGUGAAGCUGAGACGGCUGGAGCUGACCGGAUGUCACCCUUCCAUGUGGCUGAACGGACCUGCUACUUCCCUGCCUUCCUCUCUCGAGUCCCUGAGCCUGGGGAGCUACAACCAAACCGUUUUUCUGCCGAACCUCCCUAUGCUGCCGAAUCUUAAGAAGCUGAUGUUGAAUCUGGUCAAUGUGGAGGGUGGGAAAGCCAAUCUGUCUGAACACAGUGCAUUGCCUGGGUUGCAACAUUUGGAGUUGGUAUUGGCGGAGGAUGCAACGGAGCUGGCAUUUCCCUUGGCUUCUGUUCCUCAGCUGCGAGUUCUGGUUAUCUCCAGGGCUGGUAACAUCGAGAAGCUUCCAGGAAGCAUUGGCUCGGACCUGAAGCAGCUCCGGCGUUUGCAGAUAGAGCAUGCUGCAGAACUGAAAGUGCUGCCAGAAACCAUCUCUCAGCUUCGGCAUUUGACCUCCUUGGACGUUCGUGCACCCAAGCUCACUUCCCUUCCCACCAGCAUCGGUGCAUUAUCGAGGCUAAGGGAGUUGAAUCUCUCAGACUGUUCUGCACUGGAAAGUCUCCCUGCUUCUCUCACCCAGCUUGCCUGCCUGAACACGUUGAGUGUUGACACCACUGGCAUCCGAUCGCUUCCAGGAAACUUUGCGCAGCUGACCCGGCUCAAGAACCUGGACCUGUUUGGAUGUGUGAAAUUGGAGACUCUGCCAGAAGAUUUUUCUGAGCUCGAGAUGCUGCAGUUUCUGAGGUAUGGUGGGUGCACGCAUAGACUGGAUAGGCAACGAGAACGGGAUAUAAAUCACCAUGGCAUAUAUGGGUUACAAAUCCGAGGUUAUUAG